AUGGAGCGCAUGAUUCACGCACGGUUGAGCUGGUACUUUGAAACCACGAGGUACUUCCCCGAAGCCAUGGCGGGCUUUCGGCAGGGAAGAUCGUCCAUCGACAGCGUGGUUGAUGUUGUGUCUAGCGUUCAACAAGCACAGUCUGAAGGCCAACUCACAGCCGCUGUUUUCCUGGACGUCAUGAAAGCCUAUGACAGCGUCCUCCACAGCGCAGUUGUCGCAACGCUGCAAGAGUCGGGUGUCGGGGCCCGCAUGACGGCGUGGAUCCGCGACUUCCUGUCAGAUCGGUCUCUAUUUGUGCGCACCACGCAAGGUGACACAGCCCCGUUCCCUGUCCAUCGCGGUGUACCGCAAGGCGGUGUGUUAAGUCCGCUCCUAUUCAACCUCAUCAUGGCUUCACUCCCGAUGCACUUGUCUGAGCGUACCAACAUUACAAUUUACGCUGACGACAUUUGCAUAUGGACCUCUGCCAUGCGACGUGACGCCAUUCAACAUCGCCUACAAGACGCCCUCAACACCAUCGUGUUAUACCUUGCCGAUAGGGGACUACGUGUCUCCCCGAGCAAGACAGUCGGUAUGGCGUUUACCGGGCGGUCAUUCGCCCGCUACCCUCUUCAUGUCUCUGGAACCCCUCUCCAAUUCGUGCCGCACUGCAAAUAUCUCGGCGUAAUCAUUGACAAACGCCUGUCAUGGUCCCACCACAUCAAGGCACUCUCGGCCAAGACGUCCAACUUUGCGAACGUCCUGCGACGGGUCUCUGGACCGUCGUGGGGUCCGUCUUGUGACGACCUGCGCCGAGUACACCACUCCCUCGUGUUAGGCCUGCUGCGCUACAGCCUCCCGGUGUUGCACGGCCUGAGUAGGACUGGCGAGCAUGAGCUCCUAAAUAUCCAGGCCCGCAGCCUUCGAGUGUGUCUGGGCUUGCCUAAGACGACCGAAACAUACUCAGUCCUCGCGGAGGCACGUGAACCACCUGCAAACAUCCUGCGUGACAGGGAGACCCUUCGAGUCUACACGCGGAUCCUAACGCAGCACCCCUUCCACUAUCUCCGACUCAUAGGAAGUGACUGCCCCGACUCUGCCUUUGGUGGCGCUGUCGACCGCCUGCGUGUGGUUGUACCCCAGCCCUCUUCUACCGUGUCCUUUGCCCCUCCUCUGUGGGCCCUCGACCGGCCCUUCGUGUGCUCCACUAUCCCCGGCCUUGGGCGAAAGAAUGACACUCCUUCCGUUGUCGCACGUCAGCUUGCCCUGGAGCACCUCUCCACGCUACAUGACCAGCGGCUAGCAGUUUACACCGACGGGUCGGUCGUACCUGACAGAGCGAGCGCAGCAUUUUAUGUGCCCCACGAGGACAUCGAGCGCACCUUUAAACUUGCAAACGAGACGUCAUCCACGGAGGCUGAACUCUUUGCCGUGUACGCGGCGCUUGAGCACAUUUCCAUCUCGCCACAGGGAAACUGGUCCAUCUUUACAGAUAGUAAGGCAGCGUUGGAGGUCAUCAGCUCACACGGAUCCCAGACGAUCAACGACCUCCACGCAAUGACUAUCUCGUCAUACAACUCCGUUCUCGCCUCCGGUCAUACCGUCUGGCUCCAGUGGGUUCCCAGCCACAUAGGCCUCCCUGGGAAUACCCGUGCCGACGCUGCUGCAAGGCGCGCACAUAGCUGUGACAGCCCCAUCGCAAACCUACCGCUCACGGCAUCAGCUUGCCACCUUAAAAUCCGUCGAUGGUCUGCCUCUGAAACCCGCCACUUAAUUGCAGACGCUAUUCGAUGCAACACAUUUCUCCGAGCCAUCGACCCCGCGAUGCAACUUUACCCCUCCCAACACCUUACCAGGGCCGAGGAAACCCUCCUUCAUCGCCUCCGCCUUAACGUCGCCUACACUCCGUCACUCCUGCACAAGAUGGGCAGACGCGGCAACGCAAACUGCGAUGCCUGCGGCGCCAUCGCUGACGUAGCCCACCUCCUGCUAACGUGCCCGACGUUCUCGGCGCCCCGUGCCGCCCUCGCCCGACGCGUCCAAGCCUUGGGCUACCACCCCCUCUCGCUCGCUACACUCCUCGGGCCUGUCCCGCGCCCUGGGCAGCGGGAUGUUACCAAGGCACUCUUCGAGUACCUCAAGGCCACAGAAAUGAUGACCGCCCUCUGA